CAUGCGCCCUGUGGUGUAUCCCGGAAGCGGAAGUGUGCAGCGCAAGCGCGGGCUGUUCGAAGCGCGAUGGCGGCGCUGAGCACCCCGCUGGGGCCGGGCCGGCGCGGGGCGGCGGGGAGCAGCGCCAGCCAUGCUCUGUGCUUCUCGUCCAGCAGCGAUGAUGAGUUUGAACUGUUUUUAGCGAAAAUGAAAACUCCCAAAUCAGUCUCCAAAAAGGAGGAUUCCAGUUUGAAGGACUUCAUUGAUGACUCGAUGGAUGAUUUCUUCUUGGACUUUAAAAAGAGCACGAAAAAGAAGGCACCGAAAGAUCUUCAGACCCCAAAGAAGCCGAUGAAUUCAGAGAAGGAAAAUGCUGGCUCCAAAGAGCUGCAGCAUCUAGAGAUUCUAAGUGACGCUGAUGAUUCUGUGUUUGUGGACAGCCCCUGGCGGGAAUACCGACAUGGAGGAGUGAAGGACCUGAAAGAGAGUUGGAAGUGCCUAAAAGUGCCACCUCCACAAAAUGAGAAAGAAUUGGCAGCCAGAGGGAGUUCAGGCUUCCCUGGUGGAAGGGCAGAAAGAAGCUGUGAGGGGAAUACAGGAAGUAAAACAUCAGCCAUGCCACUCCAACUGAGUGCGGAGUUAAAAUCAGAUAGUUCAGAUAGUGAGUUUGAAUCGUUAAUAGAACGGAUAAGGAAACGGAAUACACCCCGGAAACCCAUCUUAAGCACAAGUACAGCUGUCUACCAGCCGAGCGUGAGAGAAAACAUCAAACCGCUCUGUGAAGGUGCCCAGUCCUUGAAUGGAAAGGGAGGCAAGAUACCAACAUCAAAAUCUGUUUCGCUUCAAGAAACACCUUCCAAGAUAACGGCUUCUGUAAGAAUUCCUAGGAGCGAAUCUGUCAGUUGCUCACAGUCAAAGCUUAAGGUGUGCUCAGUGCCUGGCUGCUUCUUACAAGAUCUCUCAAAUCCAGAUUCCCAGUAUGUGAAGAAUUUCAAGAAGAGUAAGGAGGAGCUGACGCAGAAGCUUUACCACCUCUAUAACAGCACCGUCUUUGAGCAGAAGUUGCCAGAGAAAAUGGUAAUAAACUGGAACAAAAAAAUGAGGAAAACGGCAGGUUAUUGUGUAACUGGGCAGACAAAAGGCCCCGAAGUGCAGCGAUAUGCUCGGAUAGAGCUCUCUGAGAAGGUCUGUGAUUCUGCAGAUCGCCUUCGAGACACGCUAAUUCAUGAGAUCUGCCAUGCAGCCACCUGGCUGAUCAACGGCGUCCGCGAUGGGCACGGCCGGUUCUGGAGGUUCUAUGCCAAUAAAUCAGCUGUGGUUCACCCAGAACUGCCUGUGGUAACACGGUGUCACACUUACGAGAUUAAGUACAAAUUCACAUAUGCGUGUGUUGUGUGCAAAGCCACGAUCGGCCGCCAUUCCAAGUCCUUGGACACGGAGCGCUUUGUGUGCGCGUUCUGCGGGGGGCGGCUGGUGCUGAGUCAGCCCACUCCAAAGGAUGGCACCCCUGCCAGGACCAACCUCACCCCCUUUGCAAAGUAUGUCAAAGAAAACUACGGUCUGACUAAAAGAGGGCAGCAGGGUUUGAGUCACGCCGAAGUGAUGCGGAAACUCAGUGCGGAUUUUGCUUUGAAAACGAGGCUUGAAGAUUCCUUCUAAUGGCGUGAUGCAUUUACUGCUUUGAUGCCACUCAGUUUGCCUGUGUGGCAGUAAAUAGAUGAGCCUAUUGUGGAACCUGUGAGCGUGUGUUGUAGAGGCUUCCAGACCAUUUGAGUACUUUGGAUUUGAAUACUUCCAAUAAAGACCAUGAGGACUUUGCUCACUUUUGCCCAGUUAAGAAAAGAUUGAUGAUGAUGAUGAUGGAAGGUCUGUGGCAAUAAUGUGCAGAUCGAUCAGUCAGGCUCACUCUCUUAGCAGGUAGACCUAGGACACAGUUGGUGUGAGUGACCUUUGGCUGUUCUUGUUACAGGCAAUAGGGUAAGCACUGCCUUGACUCCAUUAGCAGGAGGUAUUGCUAAGCUGUCUGGUUCCAAGCUGGAUCAGAACCCUCUGAUUGCAUUUAAACCUCAGUUUUGUCUGUCACUACUUUGUUUUUUUUAACCAUACAAUGUGAAGAUCCGGUCUGAUGAUGCAACUUUUCGGUGCAGUGUGAUUGAAUUGGCGAUGGUGUUUGUGUGUGCUGUGAACAAAUCACUCAGGUGGCUGUUACUUUGGAAUAAUCAAUAAAUGGCUUUUUAUACCAUG